AGUAAACAAUAGAAAGCUGAGCCCUGGCCUGGAGACAAAAGUAGUCUACAAGGCAGUAGCGAUUGGGGCCACAUCCGCACUCAGUUCUAAAUUGACACAAUUUGUCUUUGCAAAGUUGGAAUGGAUACGAAAGGCAACAAACGCGCAACUUCAGCAGGCUACCGAUUGCCAGACCCACCUAACGUCGCUUUGAUAUCACAGUCGUCCGUCUCUGUGUACAAACUUCCGCCGGACAGGACUCGAAACACCCGCGGCGGAGAGAGUCCUUGGGAGAACCCCGACUCUCGCGACCCAGUCAAACAGGAUCAAGUCUGGCGCGAGUUCGUGCGCGCAGAGAGGAAUGGAGUGAAAGAAUGGCAGAAGAAUUGGAGUUUUCUCAAGAACUAUGAUCAGCUGGGUAACCACAGGGCAGAGAGCCCUUUACCAAACUAUGUGCCAGUGUUUUCUGACCAUAUCCCCAACACCACCAACCAGAUGUUUGGGAGUCGUGUGUGCACACCACUGGGCAGGGAGCUGAUAAGAAUGGAUAAGCUGUUAAUUGGAAGCUAUAGCAAGUGCAAGCCGGGUCCAGAUAUGCAGCCCUGCUAGCAUCAGCAGGGAAUAAGACUCACCCAAGAAUGUCCACUAUCAAUCCCGCCUUCCAAAAGAGAGCAUAUCAGUUCUGUUUAAAAGGUGUAGCUCGUGUUCAUGUGGCUAGUGAUGGCUGAUAUGUUCCUUGAAUUGAGGUUUUACUCAUUCAUUGGAGGCUUGCUUUACAUUAGGAGCACCAUUUUCAAGAAAUCUAUUUUAACUGAUAGCUGCUCAUGUGUUUGACCCGUGAAGAGUUUACACAUUGCCAAUAGAUCUAGUUGAGGCUCUACUUAACUCAGAAAAUGAUGCCAUUUUUGUUAAAUUUCUGUUAUAUUUCUCAAUAAAGAAGUACUGUAUAUUGUA